CCGCGCGCGCCACACGGCUGGCUUCCUCCUCCCGACAGUGCGGGAGCGUGCGUGUCGCUAGGCUGCCGCCAUGCCGAAAGUCAAGGCGGAGAAGCGGUGCCGGCGGGAGGGCCCGGGCCCGGGGCCAGGUAUUCUGUUCAAUACUGGAAUUGGCCAGCACAUCUUGAAAAAUCCCCUCAUUGUUAACAACAUUAUAGAGAAGGCUGCCUUACGGCCCACGGAUGUUGUCCUGGAAGUAGGGCCUGGAACGGGUAACAUGACAGUAAAAAUGCUAGAGAAAGUAAAAAAGGUAGUUGCUUGUGAACUUGAUGCACGACUUGUGGGUGAACUUCAGAAGAGAGUCCAGGGCACAUGCCUAGCAAACAAACUAGAAAUAAAGGUUGGAGAUGUGUUGAAAGCUGAUUUACCAUUCUUUGAUGCAUGUGUAGCUAACUUGCCUUAUCAGAUUUCUUCAGCUUUUGUUUUCAAGCUGUUGCUGCAUAGACCUUUUUUCAGGUGUGCAAUACUUAUGUUUCAGAGAGAAUUUGCUCUGCGUUUGGUUGCAAAACCAGGGAGUAAACUAUACUGCAGACUCUCAAUUAACACUCAAUUAUUAGCCCGGGUGGAUCAUCUAAUGAAAGUUGGAAAGAAUAAUUUCAGACCUCCACCCAAAGUUGAAUCCAGUGUUGUUAGAAUAGAGCCAAAGAACCCUCCACCACCUAUUAAUUUUCAGGAGUGGGAUGGUCUAGUAAGGAUAGCCUUUGUCAGAAAAAACAAGACGCUUUCUGCAGCAUUUAAAUCAAGUGCAGUACAGCAGCUGUUGGAUCAGAAUUAUCGAAUCCACUGUUCUUUACAUAACAUAGAAAUACCAGAAAACUUCAAAAUUGCAGAAAAAAUACAGAUGGUUUUAGAAAAUACAGGUUUCUCUGACAAACGGGCUCGCUCAAUGGAUAUAGAUGACUUCAUUAGAUUGCUGCAUGGCUUCAAUUCAGAAGGCAUCCAUUUUUCAUAAAUGGCCAGUCGGAGCAUUUUACAUUCUCUGGAAAGAACUGAGGUGUGAUACAGACAGAGGUGUUAGGAGAAGGAACUCCUGUUGAGAGCAAGCACCAUCAUACAAAAUGACUGUUAAGCAUAUUUUUAAAUACAAUUGCUGUUGCAUUUAAUAUUGUAACUGUCAAGACUAAAACUGUGCUCUUUCACAUGUACCCUAUGAUAUGAAAUGACUUUAAGUCCCUAGUUUAAACCCUUCUCUCCCUGAACUUUGCACUUUCUUCUGCUAUUACAACAUGCCGAACAGAACUCUGAGCUUUGGCCUCAACAGAACUGUUUGUAGAGUGAUGACAUGAUGCCCAUGCAUCAGUUGAGAAUAAAUUAACUUUAAAAAAAA